UGGUUCUCAGCCGUAUCCGGUGGGGCAGCGGUCCAGGGCUCGGGGAAAAAAAUCGAAAAGAGGAGGAAGAUCUGGUAACGGUGCGCUUUGAGAAAUAUCUUACAUUCCGAGUCACCGUUUAAAGGCUCGGCAGGAUUUUACCGUUUCUUCACAAAGGUUAGAGGUCACAGAGCAGGGUUGCGGCUGUCGUCAUGGCAUCUGGAAGUACGAGCAGCGAGGAGGAGCGGAGCCUGAGGGAGUGUGAGCAGUACGUGCAGAAACACAACAUUCAACAGCUGCUGAAGGACUGCAUUGUCCAGCUGUGCACCUCCAGGCCAGAUAGGCCCAUGGCUUUCCUCAGGGAGUACUUCGAGAGGCUGGAGAAGGAGGAGGCCAAGCAGAUUCAGAACCAGCAGAAGGCCAGCAGUUCCCGUUCAGACUCUCGUGAUGAAGAGGUGUCUCCGCCCAUGAACCCCGUGGUAAAGGGCCGCCGGCGGAGAGGCGCCUUCAGCGCAGAGGUUUACACAGAGGAGGAUGCCGCCUCAUAUGUCAGAAAGGUCAUUCCAAAAGACUACAAAACAAUGGCUGCCUUGGCCAAAGCUAUUGAAAAGAAUGUUCUCUUCUCACACCUGGAUGACAAUGAGCGGAGUGACAUAUUUGAUGCAAUGUUUCCAGUCACCUACAUUGCUGGGGAAACAGUUAUUCUGCAGGGUGACGAAGGUGACAAUUUCUACGUCAUCGACCAAGGAGAGAUGGAUGUGUAUGUGAACAAUGAAUGGGUGACCAGCAUAGGGGAAGGUGGCAGCUUUGGAGAGCUGGCACUGAUCUACGGCACCCCAAGAGCGGCUACUGUCAGAGCCAAGACCAACGUUAAACUGUGGGGCAUCGACAGAGACAGCUACAGGAGAAUACUUAUGGGAAGCACUUUGAGAAAGAGGAAGAUGUAUGAGGAAUUCCUCAGAAAAGUCUCCAUUUUAGAGUCGCUUGACAAAUGGGAGCGUCUGACAGUCGCUGAUGCCUUGGAGCCUGUCCAGUUUGAGGAUGGACAAAAGAUUGUUGUGCAAGGAGAGCCUGGAGAUGAGUUCUUCAUCAUCUUAGAGGGCUCUGCGGCUGUGCUGCAGCGUCGCUCAGAGAAUGAGGAGUUUGUGGAAGUUGGGAGAUUAGGACCAUCAGACUACUUUGGUGAGAUUGCUCUGCUGAUGAACCGCCCCCGCGCCGCCACCGUGGUUGCCCGCGGCCCCCUGAAGUGCGUCAAGCUCGAUCGGCCUCGCUUCGAGCGUGUCCUGGGUCCCUGCUCAGACAUCCUCAAACGCAACAUCCAACAGUACAACAGCUUUGUGUCGCUGUCUGUCUGAGGGAGCGUUUCUCCUCACACUCACUUCUCCGCCCCCGCCGCACCCUCUCCACCUCUUCUUCUCUCCUUUCAGACCCAGGGGUCCACCAGUGCUUUUCUUUUUUUGUUAGGUUUUUUUUUUGCUUUCUGUCACUUUCUUCUGAUUUCAGUUCCCCCAUUCCCAGUCUUAAUUUCACACACAAAUCAUUUUAUUGUUCCCACCGGUCACGCUGCUGUGACUGUUUUUUGUUUUUGUUUUUUUUUUAGCCAUUCACCAGCGCUUGUACCAGCUGCUGUACGCUACCUUGUAGGCACAGUUACACCACAUGUAACUUAUGUUAUAUAUGUAUCUGCUGAUUAAGCUUCUUUUUUUCGAUACGAAGCGGGAGAUCUGAAAGGUUCUCAGACUGAUGAGACAGACAAUCAGACUUUACAUUGCGCUUUCAGUAAAAUUAUUAUUAUUUUUGUUGCAGACUGAAGUGAAGAAAAGUUUCCUUUGUUGUCGGGUUUUUUUUGUUUUUGUUUUUUUGGGUUUUUUGGGUUUUUUUGGACAUCAAUUAGCUUGACUACACACACAGAGAGAGCAGAACCGAGAAACUGUAGAGGGCGUGAAGAUCUAAUGCUCGACUUUGGUUACCGUUUGAUUGGUACGACGAGAAAACAAUGUCUCUUUUAGUUCAAGAGAGCUUGUACAACAAAUAUUUUUUAUUGUGCAGCUACCAGGCUCGUGCCAAAUGUUGAUUACUGUCAUUCAAUGCAAAGAUGCAUAGCCGUGGGAAUGCAAUGCGUGCUCUGUUCCAAACAGGAAGUAGUUAUCACCCUGUAGUCAUCUUAAUCAAUAGGACGACCAUACAAGAACUGCCUUGACUACUCUGAGGAAAAUAAAUAAAUAAAUAAAAAGAAAGGAAGACAAAAAAAAAAGAGUAUUAAGUGUAUUUCAGUAUUCAGUUUCUUUAGUAUAUACCAAAUAACUUGGUCACUCUUCUGCUAUGGUUUGUAAUCAAAAUGUUAUAGUAUAGUUAAAAUGAUCCUAGUUAUAUUAUUAUCAUUGACUAAAUGAUAAACUUAUGGUUUGGAGUGAUGGUGAUUGUUUAAAAAAAAAAUAUGUUGAACUUUGUCUUUUUGUAAACACUUAUUUUUCCAUAAAUUCUAUUUUAGGUGUCCAGUGCCACAAAGUAAAAAUAAAUGCUUCUUCUUGUCAACUGAUGAAACAGUAUGUAAUUGUAUUGUGUAAAAUGUCAUGGGUAAAAACUUUUUAAAAUAGAUCAAAGGGAUAAUUAAAGGUUUAUCGAAGCGGGGAGUACAAAGCGGUUUUAAAGGAUUUUUCAGGACAUCUGAAGUAUUUCUGUUUCACAGCUCGGUACGGGCGAGUUGACAGGCAGAGCGAGCGGAUAUUUAUUUAAAACUAGUGUCAUUGCUUAUUGCCUAUUUGAAAAGGUGGCUGUCUUUUCAUCAGAGUAGCUUGUGACCUGUUCUCUAUGCUUACCUGGCAUGAUGUUUUAGGCAUCCAGUGAUCUGGUAUGAAUGGAAGUGUGUAUUUAAAAAAAAAAAAAGAAAAAAAGAAAAAGAAAGGGAAAAAAAAGUCCUGCAGAUGCAGGAACCCUGUCGAAUAUUUGGUUUGUUACUCCUUAGCUGAACUGCUUCACAACUAUUUAGAUGCCAUAAUAAAAUGAAAUAUUUCUUUUAAAAAACAAACAAACAAAUGGACAAAAAAAAAAAAAACCUUUACCAAAUCACAUGAUGUUGACUUCUGGAUUCUACGCUUAACUCUACAUUCCUGCAUCACUGUCUGUUAACAGAGAUGACCUGUAAUCAUGUUUCUUUUGGUUCUCAUUCAGAGCGUUUGUACUCGCUUACAGCUGAGAUGUGUGUUUGGUUUUAUGUGCCGAUUGCAGGGUAGUCAGGUUGGUGAGAAGACCUCAUGGAUGUGAGUGUAUGUUUCUUCACGCUUAAAUCUGAUCAUCAUGCCCCUAACCCUCAGGUUAAACCUUGCGGAUGUGGCUUACCUGUGGAUUUGUGUCCACUGACAACACAUCUGGGAAAUGGCUCCGUUAGGGGUGAGGGUUUCACCUUUCUGUCAGAAUAUUGUUUUCGUGUAAAUAGCUGCAUCAUUGGUUUGAGUCCAAAACGUUUUUAGCCACACUGCAGUCGUCCCAGUUUGCCUUAGCUUACCUAACCUGGGCUUACAGUAGAAGUCAGUCACUCCUGCUAGCCCGACCUUCAGUGAGUUUGUUAGGCCUGCAGCACAGAUAGCUGCAGAUUAUAAGAGGACCAUUCUUUUUCUAUUCUGUCCUGUAUUUAGUUUGACCUCCUGUAUGUGCAAAGAUGUUUAUCCUUUUGGUAUAGAUUGUUCCAGAUGGCAGUUUAAGCAAUAAAAUAGUAAAAAAGAAA